CAAAAACAAGGAAAACCCCCUUGAGAGGACAGGUGGAGGAAAGAGAGUGCAUAUCUGGGAGGUCCUUUAGUGAGGUCUGUGCUUGAGUGGUUCCCAUGCCAACAGUGAAUGGAUCUAUGUUUGGAGCAUGCUCAGUGAGGAGCUGAUGCCUGUAACAAUAGCCGAGAGAGCUAAAGGAGCUCACACGCUGCCAUCACAUCAGACUGGAUAGACCUCUGCCGUCUUACUGACACGCUUCUGCCUCUCGUCUCUUACCUGGAUUUCUUUCAUUCGAAUAAGUUACCAGUGCUUGGGCCAUCAGCAGUCUGGCAUUGUGGAUGCUGUGUUUGCCUCUAAAAAAAAAGAAAGAAAUAAAAGUGACACGUUCUGAUGGCUCACAGUCUGUGAACUGAAACCUAAAGCAAUUGGAGUAAAGGUCCUUACACAAAGUUGAUUAAGAUGGGGGUCGUUGUCUCUUUGCUCCUCUCUGAAACCCAGAAGCUUUGUCUGUGGCCAUGCCUGAUGUGAAAGCUCAACAAUGUGAGUACUCCCCAGCAGGGUCUCCUGCAGGGUGUGGCAUGGACCUGUCCAUCCUCAGCUCCCCACUUUCUCCUUUUCCUCAUCACGGUGUGCCCCACUUUCCUGCCCAAGACGUAGCACUGGGCCACUGUCCUCCCGGUUGUGACAACAACAAUGGCCUGCUCAGCAACCUGGGGCUCUACUGCUCAACUAGCAGUAUGUAUCCCCUUAAGCACCCUGAAGCUGGGUCUUGCUACAGAACAAAUUGUUUCCCGCAAGGCUGUGUGAACGCAAGCGGGACUCGGCUUUAUCGCAGCCUGGAAAACCUGCACUGGGCCGCUGUAUCCGACUCCAGCGCGUAUCCUUACAGGAGUGUGGAUAGCGAAUUUAUUCUUCACUGCACUUCAAGCAGCCAUUGGUGUGAUGCACCUCCUCAUGGACCACAGAUCUAUGGUGUACUGCCUUCCUCUGAAAGUUUGGCAUUGUAUAACCGUCGAGGAGUAGUCAGAAAGGACAUUCCACUAUUCCCACAGUGGCUCUUGCCCAAGGUUGAGGACUGGGGAGUAAAUGGAAAUGCUCGGAAAGGCCUCAGAGAUAAGCUUCGGCUCCAGAGCACACGUGUGACUGAGCCCCACAAACCUUUGCGGCCUCAACCUGUGGUUGGUAACGUGCCAUCACCGAGGUAUCAAUGCGAUGUAGCGGGUCCGCCAUCUUCUUUGGGACAAAGAAGUAGAGAGCAAGAGCUGUGUGCCCGUCGCAUCACGAGUCCAGAGGAGAUCAAGCGGGAAGCGCUGCGACGACUUCAGCUCCGCAGACAAAGAAGCACCCCAAACCUCGCACUGAGCUCCAGACAGGAGUGUAGUGGCAUCAGUAAAGCUUUUACCUCAGAUCCCAUCUGCACCAGCUCUGCCCAGUCAACCCCUGAAAGAAAAAGACCAUCUGUGGGCCGCUUGCACAUACCUACAUUUGAGGAGUUUAAGAGAAUGAGGCAGAAGGAAAGCAGCAUAAACCACAAUCUCUCCAAAAUUCAAUCCAGUGAAGAUGUAGAGAGUAAUGACAAGCUUAAAGAGGUUAACAGAGAACAGAUAGGAGAAACACAGAAUAGGAAAAGGACUGACAUCAGUAUCAGCCGUACUACCAGCACCGCUGAGGAUUUAAACCCUCCUUGUGUACGCAGUGGAGAGGAGAUAUCUAAACCAAGUACUACAGCCGAGGUGUCAGGUGCACCCAUCUGCACAGGACCUGUGGCCCGUUCGCCAUUACAUCCUCAAGCUGGUACCGGAAAAAGGGAGGAGACUAAGGCCCCCACAGGCCCAGGGGCCACAGAUGUGGCUGUUCUUCCCUUCCCACUCCACAGGGACAGUGGCAAUGGACCCUCCAGCUGCUGCCCCGCAAUUCUUCUGGAUAGCACAGACCUUUCCAGUUAUGGAGCUAAAAUCUACAAAAUGAAGGAUGGCUUCCUGGGAUCCGCCCUGGACCUCAUUAAAAAAAGCUGCAGUGCAGAUAUUGCAUCCGAGACCCCCGUCCGACCGUCGCGUGAACGGAAUGACGUCGCUGACAUCACCGCUUCCCAUCCCAGCCAUCAAUCUGCCCACGUUGCCAUGACAACGUCGGCCUGCGGAGAGGAGGCUUACGCCGAGCCCACGGGACAAGGGGGGAAAGCGGCAACAGAAUGCGUUUCUGGAGCAGGCUGCAGACGCUCCAGCUCAGACGCGGCCUAUGAGCUGGCUGAGUCAGUGAGGGCCCAGCGUGAGUGCCGCCUGCGGCCCCAUUACAGCGACCCCAUGCCUGCAGACGCUGCCAAGCGGAAGCAGCUGGAGAUGAAGAUCGCCGCAGCGGCACACUUGCACAUUCACCGCAGAGAGAGGGACAGCGCGGCAAGCACCACCAGGGGCCGCUCGGAGCCCAGAGGUGAAGAGAGAAGCAGGGGCUUAGGUGUGACCCGGACAGCACAGCACCGCUGGAGUACAGUUAGCAGUCUGAGCGCAGACAGUGGAGUCGUAGGGUUUAGCGAUGAGCGUGAAGAAGAGGAAGACCCAAGACGUGCUCGCCACAGCGCAGGAGCAGAGGUGGAACGCAUGGACAGUGGAAUAGGCCCCGGUUUGGCUCGGAGCUGGAGGAGACCCUCACCAUCCCUCAGAAACUGGGAAGUUAAACAGCCCUGCCCUGACUGCGGUCACAAAGAGGAAGCACGCGGGGAGGGCAUGUGCGAACAAUGCUCCAAACUCCGUACCGAACGCAAAGAAGCCAUCAUGGAGUUUCUCAACACCGAGUCGAGUUAUGGAGAGGACCUGCGCAUCAUCAAGGAGGAGUUUUACUGUCCCAUGCAGAGUGCAGGGCUGCUUACAGCCGAGCAGCUGACUGUGGUCUUCAGUAAUGUUCAGGAACUCAUAGAUGUCAAUGAAAGGUUCACCGAACACCUGCAGGACAGCAUCGAUCAGGCUUUUGAUCAGGGUGAUGAGGAUCUGCAGACUGUGUGUAUUGGAGAAAUCUUCUUGGAGUUUGUCAACAUGCUUCCAGCAUUUCAAACCUACUGCCUGCAACAGUCUACAUCUGUGAACAUGCUCAACACGCUUGAGAAAGAAAAAGAGCUUCUUAGGAUAUUCCUUGAUGUGUCCCAAAAUGACAACACUGCGCUCAGGCGCAUGAACCUGCGCUCCUUCCUAAUGGCUCCUCUUCAGCGCGUCACCAAGUACCCACUGCUUCUGAGUCGCAUCAGCAAGGCCACCAACGAGUGUCACCCCGACUACUCGCGUUUAAAAGAAGCCAAGUGCCGCGUGGAGUCCCAUCUAGAGCAUAUCAACAUGAAGACCAAACAGGAGGGCACCGCCACCUGGUCCCUGCGCUCGUUCCGGCGCGAUAGCCGCAAGAACCGAGAGGUGAUCAACAUCGAGAUGAGAGAGUUGUCUAUGAAGACCGUGGGGUGGGCACGGGAGAGCACACGCUUCAUCAUGGAAGGACCGCUUCAGUUGGCACAGCCCGCCGAUGGCCAAUGGCUUAAAAAGGGAAGCAAAUCCCUCAAAUUCCAGAACGUUCAGUGUUUAUUAAUGGUCCGCACAGAGACUUCAGCUGAUGGGGGUCUCAGGGGAGAGCAACUGGAGAGUACGGACAUGGUGCAGGAUAGUGUACUGGUGCUCAUCAAAGACAAAAGCAGCGGCAAGUUCACCGUUUUACGGGAGCCCAUCCAUCUGGCUAACUGCGUGGUUUCCACCGACCCCGACUGUGAUGAUACUUUUGAGGUGCUGGACAUCCGACGAGAGGCCUUCGUAUUUCGUGCCUCAGACAAACCGCGCACGCAGCAGUGGUUUCGUCAGGUCAAGAGAUAUGCUUGCGAUUUGGGAUCGUGGAGAAAAAGACGCAACGCUCUCCCAAAUAUCAUGAUUAGCACAGGACAGGGCCGGUCAUGACACUGACCCCUUAACAGCAGCUAAACCGCUGUAAAUCUUAAGAAUUCAUAUUUUGUUGACAGUAUUUGUGUUGGGGAAUAAGAUCUGAUGAGAUGUUUCUCCAACAAUGGACUUUUAAAUCGCAAGGUUUUACUGUGAUUUAAAAGAUUAAUAUUAAGGACACUUUGUAUAACUGGAAAGCAAAUAAAUUGAGAAAAAGGGAAAAGACUUUACUGUCAAGCAAAAAGUAAACAUCGCUACUGCACUUGUAUAACACUGAUUGUACGAAAAGUUCACUACUGAGUAAGAGUGAUGAAUGGUUUCUGUGAUGAUAAGCAUGAGAGAAAAGGUUUGUGUUAUAAGAAACUUUCAUGUGGAUGUUUUAUCUUGUUUGUAUGAAGACUGAUGGAGCUUAGAGUCGGUUUGUUUUCUGAUCAUGGUCCCUUCUCUUCCCGUAAGCAACUGGAUUCUCACUGCCAUAAGAUCCAGAGCAGUUCUCAUACUUGUAACACUGUGCUGGUCUACCAAGCAGCAAUAAUCUUCAUUGUAUUAUGUAGCGACUCUAAAGCAUUUUAUUUUUGGGGUUUAUUUGCAGGUAGCCAUCCUCCUGUUUGAAUCAGUGAGGGUAAAGCAUAUAUAUAUUAACACAUUAUUGUCUUGCCCAAUGGUCGUGCAGAAACAGUCUGUGGCCAUUAAACCACUUCCAGAAUUGCAAGGAAAAUGUCUCUCUGCCCUAAUUUAUGUCAUUUAUUACCAUGCUUUUGCUUUCCUUUGUAAACAUUGAGAAGAGGAAAUAUGUGCCUUUGUUUUUCUUUGAUACUAAAUGAAUCCGCAAUUAAAUUGUUUUCUCAUUUGCCCAAAAAUCAGUCAAAAUAUUAAGAAAACUAAAAACUUUAGUAGCUGCUAACAUAUAAAAAUCUUCUCACAGUGUGGUAAGACAACUCGCUAAAUGUUACCAGUUUUUGUUUGAUGCACUUUAAGGUCCUAAAAAUGAGGACAUGUUCUGCAGUUUACGAAGCUUUACUGUACUUUGUCUUCAAGAUUGUUUAAGCUUUAAGAGAAUUAUGAACCACAUUAAACUUAGCAAUAGCUAUGAACCACAUUUGGUAAUUUUGGCCUUUAGGUUUUUCUAUGAGUAUUUACUGUUUUUCCAAUGGCAUUGAUACUGUUAGAAAUAUCAUAGCUUCCAUUGCAUACAUACAGUAACAGAAAGGGGAGUUUAAAUUUUAUUUGAGACCUAUCAAGCUGUUCAAAUACUUUUCCGUUCUUAAAGAAACUUAAUUUAAUAUUUUUGUUGUGUAACAUACUGUGAAUUAAAAUAAAAAAAUGAAAAUAUC